UAAAUAUUAUAAUACAAGAUUCUCUUAAAUUUAAUAAGAAUAAGCCCUGGAAGAAGUAUCUUUUAAUACAGGGUAUAAAAUAUGAAUUUGGUCACCUUUGUAAAAUCCUAUUUCAACUCUGUACCCAAUUGUUCUCUGUGUAGCAAAGAAAUUACUAACAGUGAUGUAGUCAACAAAGAAGGAAAAAUAUAUUGCCAUGAGUGCGCCAACAAACAGGUUUGCGAAGAAGGUGGACAGUGCGUCAAAUGUAAUCAGUCAUUUAAAGCAGGUCAAAGGAAAGUGGACAUUCAAGGUCACGCUUACCAUGAUGAUUGCUUUAAAUGCGCGAAAUGUUCCCAAAAAAUAGGCCAAGGAAAAUGUUAUAUAUUUAAUAGCGAGUACAUAUGCACGAAUUGCUAUGAAAAUAAAAUUGCUCAGAAGUGUGCCAUUUGCAACGAAAAAAUAACCGGCCCCAUGCUUAAAGGUAAAGAUGAAUUUUACCACAAGGACUGUAUAGUAUGCAAUUCUUGCAAACAAUCGUUAGGUGGCAAGACUAUUGUUAAUUACGAAGACAAAAAAUAUUGCAUAGAAUGUUUCGACAAAAAUUUUGCCAAAAAAUGCAAGAAAUGUGUGAAACCUAUAUCCGCUGGUACCCAAUACGUUACAUACGAAGAUAACAGCUGGCACAGUGAUUGCUUUAAAUGCCACAAUUGUUCAGAUCCUUUGAAAGAUCAAGCUUUCAAUUAUAGAGAAAAUGAGGUGUUUUGUCAAAAAUGUUAAAAAAUAUAUAUAGUACCUAAUUUUAUUUGCUAAAUUUAAAAUUUAAUUUAUUUUUCCAAAAAUACAAACCCACUUCCUCACAUUAAUUGAAAAAAAAAGAUAAAAUUUGUCAUUUUAAAUCAUUAUUUUAUCAUAUUUCAAUAUCAAUGAUUAUUAUUGUCGUAUUUUUUGAAUGCGCUGAAGAAAUGUAAUUUUAAAUUUGUUAUUAUACCUAUUCAAGAUAGCACUUAAUUGCCAGAUUUUAAUUAUAAAUCCUCUAAA